UUUCGGUUUCAGAACAAAACUUUGUUGGCAAGAUAAAACAUCAAAAACAUUUAGUUUUGCCAGGGCCGACAUUAAUUGUCGGUAACGUUCCCCCUACAACUCUCUCAAUAUGUCUUUCUAUACCUCUCUCUCCUUCUUAUUCUCUCUAAAUGUCUCUCUACCUAUCUCUUGCUCUGUCUCUCCCUCUCACUCUCAUGUUCUCCCCUUGUCUCUCUCCAAGGUGCUGUUUUGAAGGAUGAACUCUUCAUUCGGGCUUGGAGACAACAUUACUUCCGUGCAGUGGAUUUUGGUAAGGGACACCCUGACUUCUGCCGUUGUGAAGAACCUUGUGGUGGUUCUGGUUUGGCUUUUGCUGAGCUACAUCAACGGCAGUGUGGUGGCCACCUUCUUCAGACACCAGGUGUUCUACGAAGACCCCCGCUACAUCCUCUUCAUCCAUAUGGUGAUCAACGAUGCGGUGCAGCUGACCGUCACCAUCAUGCUCUUCAUCCUCAGCUACGUAUACUACAGGAUCAACGUCUCCUUCUGCUGCUUCUUCAUCCUGCUGGCCGUCUUCACCACCCGCAACACGCCCGUCAACCUCGCCAGCAUGGCCAUCGAGCGAUACAUCGCCAUCUGUGACCCGCUGCGCCACGCCCAGGUCUGCACGGUGCGGAAGACCUACUUCCUCAUCGGGCUGAUCUGGCUCAUAUCCGUGGUGCCCGACAUCACCGACCUCUUCGUCACCCUGGCCAACGAGCCACUGAGCUUCUUCCACGAGUCGGUGUUCUGCCUGCGGCAGAACAUCUUCAAGGACCCCGUGCUGGCGUACAAGCGGCAGGCCUUCGACGGGCUGUACUUCGCCUGCGUGUUCCUCACGCUGGUGUACACCUACCUCAGGAUCCUGUUUGCCGCCCGGGCCCACUCCACCGAGAAGACGUCGGCCCGGCGAGCCCAGAACACCAUCUUGCUGCACGGCUCGCAGCUGGCCAUGUGCAUGCUGUCCUACAUCUCACCCAGCGUGGAGAUCAUCCUGCACCUCAUCUUCCCCGGCCGCAUCCUGGAGAUCCGAUUCGCCAACUACCUCGUCGUCUACAUGCUGCCGCGGUUCCUCAGCCCCAUCAUCUAUGGCGUGCGGGACAAGAAGUUCAGGAAUCACCUCAGGAAGUACUUUGUCGGGGGUUGCAGGGUCGGAUUGCAGAAAGGGAAUGGGACUUUGUGAGGAUUUCGUAAAAAUGUUCCAAUUUCGAUUCAGGGGAUCAAGUAACAUUGGUAGAGAUAAAUAUUGUUUGUAAAUAGUGUAAAAAAAACAUAAUGUUGAUAGGAACACCAAAAUCAUUGUUGAUGAAUACAUGUGCUCUUCACUGUCUGUUAUAAAAAACACAC